CGACGCGCCAGCCGCCCUCCUCCUCCUCCUCGUUCUCCGCCCCGCGGGGAAACUCCAGCAGCCUGGCCGGGCAUUUCCGCGUCGCCGGGAAUGGCAGCGGCCCCGUGAAGCCGGCGUCGGGUGGCCCGCGGGCGCCGCGCGCUCCGGAUCAGGCUUAUUUGCUACCUAACAGCCUCCGUUAUCGCAGAAGCAGAGUGUGACGCCAAGACCGGAGCCUGCGGUUUCCCACCAUGCCGAGCGGCGGCAGGACCCUGGACGAAUUCGCCGUGCCCGAGGAGGCCCAGGAGAUGAUGACUCUGCACCGUCCCCGGAUUGAGCAGCUCUUCCGGGUGGAGUUGAAUGUUCUCGGGGUGCUGGAGUUGGCACCGAGUCCUAACGGGGAGCCCCAGGAGGCGAGGAAGAUCUGGCUGCAGCUGCAGGGGAGCAGAGAGAAUCUGCAGAGGGCAAAGGAAUACAUCAAAGGCCGCUGUGCCCCGGAGCUGAACGAAGAGGUUUGGUACCCCAAAGACAUGCAGUGCAUCUUUCUAGGGGCCCAAGGGUUGUUCCUCGAUUGCCUCACCCAAGGGACAUCCGCGGACCUCACUCUUCUCCGCCCCGGCUCCCUUCUGGUCUCAGGCUUGGCCGAAUCCUUUGUCAUGGCCCAGAGUCGAAUCCAGGAUUUUGUGGAGAAAUACAAAAAGAACCCCAAGCUGGAAGAAGAACGGGAAGCCCAGGUGAAGAGGGCCUUCCAGGAACUGGUGGAGACGUACGCAGAUAAAUAUGCGAUGGACCUCUUGAUUCUACCCACUGCGGUGAAGGAGGAGUUGCUCAGCUUGGUGAAGGAGGUUCAGGAAGAAGAGGGGGAGCAGAGGCAAAGGAAUGGGUGUUGGUCACCCUCGGGAUUUAGACAAGACCCUUUGCCAGCAUGGGAAACUGAAACUAUGGGUCGCAGUGGGCCUCAGUCCCCCAGUAGGCCUCAGAAUAUCUCUGGCGGGCCCAUGGGACUCAGUAGAGUCCGAGAGCAGAGUAGACUUGGAGACUCCGGGUCUGGCUUCCAUGCAGGCUUCGCUAGGCCUCAGCAAUCUCCUCACAAACCUCAAGGAUGUCCACAGCUACAAUACUCAGCUAGGCCCGGAGAUUUUAGAACCGAAUUGCCUUCUGCGGUUGGUAGGCCUCAAGAGCAGACUUUGUCUCAGGUCUCAAAGAUGGAGUUGCCCAAAGGUUGUGCUGAAGCGAGGUCCAAAAGCUAUUGGACAGGCUUGAACCGUCUACGAGGCUGGUCAGAUGAGACAUCCCCCCUGAGGGUAACACCCCCCAAGAGUUCCCCAAAGCCCAUUCCGGUUGCUUCUCAUGAGUCUCAGGUUUUUCCUGGUUGCUCAGACCUAAGAGAGUCUUUGGAGGAUCACCCAGAAGAAGAGAAGCAUCCUUUUCCUGUGAGGGAGUCUAGCCCCGUUAGCUUGCCUGAAGAAAGUAGCGAGGAGGAGUUGUCCUCAUCUUCGUCGGACACCCUGCUGUCGUCAGGGAUGGAGAAGGAGUUCAAAAUGAGGCUCAACUUCUUUAAAACCAUGGGCUAUGAGGAGCAGUUAGUCAAAAAGGUACUCUUGGAAGGUGGAGUGCGGGAGGCCCCGUCGACUAUUCUGGAUAGGGUUCAGAUGGAGGAGGCAGGCUUGUCCCAGAAAGGUGAAGUUGGCCUCCUUCAAAAGGAGCCAGGGGAUGCAAAGCACUCUCCGCCACCCCUGGAGAAGAUCCAGGAUAAAGACGAAUACCUCUUGGAAGUCAUCAAAGCGGCAGCGGCCAACUGCGGUCACUCGCCUAGCAAGAUACCCAUGGGGAUACAGACGGGCGCCCCACUGGCAGACCUGCUGAGGCAACUGAACGAGAAAGGGGAAUGUCAGGAUGAGGCCGAGGGGGCCGUCGGGAUAUCCACCACAAAGCUGGAACAUGGAGGCGUCCGAAGGGCGGCCAUCUUGAACCAUGAAGAAUCUUUGCAGCACCGACAUCCUGAGGAGAUGGGAAGGAACCGCGUGUCCCCUUUCCACGAGGGUGCCCGCGUCCCACCUGCCGAUGCGGGUGUUCCUCCGGACAUACCCCCCAACGCUAACUCCUUUUUCUCGACAUGGGACGACGAGGAGAGCCGUUCAGCGGAAAGCUCUAGUCUCGUACCCCCCAACCUUGGUUCUGUUUCUACGGUAACCGGGGCCCAGCGCUUUGAAGAGGCGCUCAAGACUCAGUUCAAACUCAAGUUGGCCGACACACCGGGGAAGAAGACUCUCCGGCGGGUCAUCAUUGACGGCAGCAACGUCGCUAUGAUGCAUGGCUUGAAUCAGUUCUUCUCAUGCCGAGGCAUCGCCCUGGCUGUACAGCAUUUCUGGGACCGUGGUCACCGGGAAGUGACUGUUUUCGUUCCGGCGUAUCGGAUGGAACCGGAUUCCAGCGUGAGAGAGCAACACUUCCUGUUUGAGCUGCGCGAACUGAGCAUCCUCUCCGUCACACCUUCCCGUAAGGUAGAUGGGAAGAGCAUCAUGCCAUAUGACGACAGGCUGAUGCUCAAACUGGCCGAAGAGACUAACGGGAUCAUCGUCACCAACGACCAGUUCCGGGAUCUUGCGAAGGAAUCCAAGAAGUGGAUCAAGAUCAUCAAGGAGAGAGUGCUGCAGUACACUUUCGUGGAGAACAUUUUCAUGGUUCCUGAUGACCCAUUGGGGCGGGGUGGACCCACCUUGGUGGAAUUCCUGAAGAAAACCCCCAGGACCAAGCCUGCCAAAUGCCAUACGUUUGCGGGCCGGGCCACUCAGGUGCCGGUACCUGUUCGUCCCGCUUCACAGACUGAGGUCCUUCGGCUCCGAGACAGAGUGCCAGCGAGUGGCAUGGGUGGGGAUUGGCGAAGGAGGCAUCAGGAAAUCAAAGCCGAGGAAGAGGAGAAGGAGACAGCCCGGCCUGCGGCAGAGACAGAACGGCUGCGGAGAGAGCUUUUGGAAAUCUUUGUAGGCCAAGACAAGAAGAUUGAUUUUGUCCUUUUGCGGGAUCCUUGCAGCUGCGACCUCAACUUGCUUUCAGAGGCAGUUCUCAGCCUCGGUUUCUGAGCCGCCGGACUUGUUUUAAUCCCUCCCCCGCCCCCACACGCACACACAAAAAGGGGGUGCAUUAAUGGAAUUCCUGGAUGGGCUUGAAUGUCAGGUCUUGGGUGCCAAAAGCCGUCUCUCCGCGAGAAAAAAAAAUCCAGGGACGUUUCUCCUACGUGAAGUAGGAGACGUUUUAACUACUCCCGCUGAUGUGAACGUCCGUUGCCUUCUCUAUCCGAAUCCUGGACCAAAGAGCGCACCCACCCACCCACCCCCCCCCGCCCCGCGAAACCAGCCAGUAGAAAAAGCGUGUCUUAAUUUUCAUGCGUUGUUUUAAAAUGGAUCUUCUAUCUGGCACCUGGUCCCUAGAAUGCAGACCUUGCAAACAAGAGGCAGGAUUGAGCUACCAUGUGCCGUGAGGUCGGUACAUAGCCAAAGGCUCGACAGACAGCAAUACCCCCUUGGCACUGUCUCCUUUCUCAGGGCAUCGCUCCAAACCGUGGAUGGAAACGGACUUCUCUGUCAUGGCUGCCUUAUCCCAUGGAAUUCUGGGGAGGGAAUUUUGACACCAUUCUCAACCUAGAAAGAUGCCUCAGUUCUAGACCAGAGUUAUCUAUUU